UUGCCACACACAUUAAAUACCAUGAUGUACUUCCAGGUGGUGAUCCUGGCCGUUGCUGCCAUGCUGGCAUACUACUUUGAGUUCACGGACACCUUCAGGCCCGCCCUGCAGGGCUUCAUCUGCAGAGACCCCAGCCUCACCAAACCAGACCCCGGCCCCGAACAGGACGGCCGCCUGCAGCCCGUCAUACUGUUCUCUGUGGUGGGGGGGCUGCCUGUGGUACUGAUUUCAGGUGUGGAGCUUGUUAUCUUCCUCCUUCACUACAACUCAGACAACCUGUACGACCAGGACACGGUUGUUGUCAUGGGAGACUGUUGCUACGUGAACCCUAUGGUGCGCAGGACCUUCCGUUUCCUUGGUGUGUAUAUCUUCGGUCUAUUUACAACAGACAUCUUUGUCAGCGCAGGUCAGCUGGUCACAGGAAGUCUGGCUCCUUACUUCCUGUCUGUUUGCCUGCCCAAUUACACUGCCCUCGGCUGCCUGGACACGGCUAACUUUGUCAGCCAAUCAGAUGCUUGUACUGGUGAUGCUGAUGACAUCAUGAGAGCCAGGAAGACGUUCCCCUCCAAAGAGGCUGCCCUGAGUGUGUAUACAGCUGUGUAUCUGGCAAUGUACGUCAUAUCCUGUGUGGGAUCCAGUGGAGGUCGCCUGACGGGCCCCCUCCUCAGCCUCUCAUUGGUCAGUGCGGCUAUGCUCACAGGCAUCAACAGAAUGGCCGAGUACCGAAACCACUGGAGUGAUGUCAUCGCAGGACAAGCCAUCGGAGGCGCUAUCGCUGUCUUUCUGGUGGUGUUUGUGGUUCAGUAUUUUAAAAAGAGACGUGUGGUUUCUCACAGCCUCUCAGAUUCAGGCACAGCUGACACUGAUGAAGCCCUCAGGCUCAGACCAAUCACUGCAUGGACGUCAGUGACAAAUACACAGUUCCUCAGAGCCCAGGAUCCUGCACAGAAGUCACAUGACUAUGACCCCCCCUCUCUCCUGAACAAGGGGAGAUGAAAGUCACCUAUUCUACGUCACACUUGGGCCUUAAUAUCUCUAAGAUGCUUAUUGCAGAAUUUAAACAAUCACUUGUUUACCACCUUUAUAUGAACUUAAUAUGAUUUCCCAUUGUGUGCUGCCAAGUUCAGUUGAUGAUCUGCUUUAUUGGUUGCUCGGUUUUAGAAAACAGGAAGAGGGAGCUCCUCUCCCAGAGGGAAAUUUGGCAGGCAAGGUAAAAAACUAAAUGCAGUUAAUCACAAAUGUUUUAUUGACCUUUUAAUUAUAUAAAGAUAUCUGAUACGUUGGAGCUUUAUUUGUAAAUGGUCCGUGUAGCGCCUUUAUCCUGAGGUAAUGAACAUACACUUGCAAACAAUGUCUAAUGCAGGGCCGUCCAAAAUGAGGCCCACGGCAAAAGCUAGCCUGAUCGAUGUUUUUAGCAGUUAAUAAUGAUAAUAAUACCUUAUAAUAUACACCGUUUUUUGUGUAGGAUCCCAUAUUAUGCUUUAUUGUUCUCCCAAUCCGAAGGGGUUGGCUAAUGGUUACACAACC